ACAUUUUGGCGCGCAGCUGUCAUUCACUAGUUGUAAAAGUUGUAUUGGUGAAGCCGAAUUGGGGAUUUGUAGGAAGAAGAUUUCGUUCACUGGUUUAUUAUGUUUUAAAUAUUAAAUACGUAUUAGUUUUUAGCUGUCACUUAUAACUUCUGGUGUUGUGAAGAGUAAAGAAUCAUGCCUGUUCCUGUUGAGGAUAUCAAAACACAGUUGCUCGCCCUGAGACGAGACCUGGACGACGGGCUGCUCACGAAGAAAGGCUUCGGAGCGAAGAGCUGGAAAAUCCUCCAACCCCACGUGCCAUGCUCGCUGAAGAGCAAACUGCAGGCCCUCAACUCCAAACUGGAGACGCUAGAUUUGCCAGAAGAGGACUAUCACGAGCAGGUGGUCGGCCUGUUGGAGGACGCGGGCUCGAGCCACGACUGCGACGACGGGAGCGGAGCGGAGGAGGUAGAGGCCCGGGUCUCCGCCCCCCGGACGGAGGGCAGCGCCGGGGGCGACGUCCCAGGGCCCUCGGCCGGUCCCGCGGAGCCGGAGGAGCCCUCGUGUUCGGGAGCGACUGAAACGAAAGAGAGGAAGACAUCCGGCCAGAAGACCAUGGACAUGUUCCUGAAGCUGCAGGCGAGGAACGGCGUCGAGAAGCGAGAAGAGGAGAAGGCGACCGCGGCGGCUGUCCAGGACCCGAAGCAGGAGAACGGGGACGCCCGCCCGCCCCAGAAGAAGCGGAGGAAGCUGGCGGCGGGGGAGCCCGAGGAGGGGGGGACCGCCGGCGGGGAGGGGGAGGAGGAGGAGGAAGGGGGGGCGAAGCCCCGCCCAUCGCACCACCCGCGCUGCCACGCGUGCCGGCAGCUGCUGGAGGGGCCGGAGCUGCGCGUGUACCAGGGACACCCCAACGACGCGGUGGAGGAGUACGUGGCCCUCACGGACCCCCGGCUGUCGCUCUUCACCGGCGACGAGGAGACGGUCCACGAGUACGACGCCCACCCGCAGAACAAGAUCACCUGGUUCAGUGUUUAUGACAAAGAAGGCCAUCUGUGUCCUUUCGACAACAACCUCAUCGAAAAAAAUGUUUUGCUGUACUUCUCCGGGUACGUGAAGGCCAUCUACGAAGAAAGCCCCGGGGUCGAAGGCGGCAUCCCCACGAAGGACCUGGGCCCGAUCAACGAGUGGUGGGUGUCGGGCUACGACGGGGGCGAGCGGGCAAUCGUGGGGUUCGCCACGGGGUACGGGGAGUACGUGCUGAUGGAGCCCAGCGACGAGUACGCCCCCUUCAUGGCCGCCGUCCAGGAGAAGAUCUUCGUCAGCAAGGUCGUCAUCGAGGUGCUGUCGGACGACAUAUCCACCACCUACGAGGACCUCCUGCAGAGACUGGAAAUGUUCGUGCCGCCCGCCGGCGUGGCGACCCUGACGGAGGAGACGCUGCUGCGCCACGCCCAGUUCGUGUGCAGCCAGGUGAACAGCUUCGACGGCAGCGCGGGCGACGAGGACGACCUGCUCAUCGCGUCCCCCUGCAUGCGCACCCUGCUCAAGCUGUCGGGGGCCGCGCCCUCCAAGCGGCUGGCUCUGAGGAGAAUGGUGGUGAAAGACUGCAAGCUGCAGAAGUCUGCGCGAUGGAUGAAGGCUACGACCACCCCGCUCGUCCAGAACGUGUUCGAGUCGUUCUUCCGAGACCAGCUGGACAAGGAGAGCAAAGAGGACACGGGUCCGCGCCGCAAGAGGUGUGGCGUGUGCGAGACGUGCCAGCAGCCUGACUGCGGGGCGUGCUCCGCCUGCAAGGACAUGCUCAAGUUCGGCGGCUCGGGGAAGAGCAAGCAGGCGUGCGUCAAGAGGAGGUGCCCCAACAUGGCCAUCGAGGCGGCGGACGAGUCGGAGCCCGAGGACGACGUGGACGACCUCGCGGCGCCGGGGGGCGAGGCCCCGGAGGAGGCGGCGGACAGCAAGCCCGCGAGGGAGAUCCGCGACACCAAGCGGAAGGUCGAGUGGCUGGGGGAGCCCGUUGUGGCGGAGACGGCCCGCAAGUACUACAGCGCGGCGCUCGUGGGCGAGCUGGAGGUCCGGCGGGACGACUGCGUGCUGGUGGAGUCCAAAGUGGCCAACGCGCCCCUGUUCGUCGCGCACGUCAUGUACAUGUACCAGAACAUGUUCGGGGAGAAGAAGUUCCACUGCCGGUGGUUCAGCCGGGGGACAGACACGGUCCUGGGGGAGACGGCCGACCCCGCGGAGCUGUUCUGGCUGGACGAGUGCGAGGACUGCUCGCUGUCCGUGAUCUCGCGCACGGCCGUCGUGGAGUACCGCCCCGUCCCGGAGCGCUGGGCCGCGCAGGGCGGGGAGGCGGCCGUGCCAGAGACGGAGCGUGUCGAUGACGGCAGGACCUUCUUCUGCAAGAAGCGGUACGAUUCUGUUCAAGCAAGAUUUUUAGAUCUUCACUCAAGCAUGCAGUGUGCUGACGAGAAGAGAAAACACAGGUACUGCAACGCCUGUGAUUACCUUCAUCACCAGAAGUACGCCCACUUGAUACCGAAUCUCGAAGAGAGGCUGGAAACUCCAGGGCCCAAUGGGGAGGUGCACUACGGCCUGAUCAGGUGGAAGAAGAUGAAGUUCCGUCCGGGCAGCUGCGUGUACGUGCUGCCUGGGGUCUUCAGGCUGAAGAACAACGUGAACAGUGCGAAGAGGCCCGCUCAGGACGACAAGAAACAAGUGGACGAAGAUAUGUACCCUGAAGUAUACCGGAAGUCAUCGGACCGCAUCAAAGGCUCGAAUGUAGACACGCCAGAACCUUUCUGCAUAGGCUACAUCAGCACCAUGUACACGCUGAGCGACGAGUCCCUCGUCCCGGUGCAGAAGGUGUACCUGAAGGUGAACAAGAUGUACCGGCCGGAGAACACCUGCAAGGGCGCGUCGUUCUGCCAGCAGGCCGACCUCAACCUGCUAUUCUGGAGCGACGAAGAGAUGGUGGUGAGCCUGGACAAGGUGGUGGGCCGGUGCCACCUGGUGUACCUGGACAACCUGUCGCUGCCCGUGGGCGAGUGGUCGCAGAAGGGGCCCGACAGGUUCUACUUCUCGGAGGCCUACAACGCCGCCAAGAAGAGCUUCCAGGAGCCCCCUCCGCGGGCCACCAACAUCGGCCUGACCCUGGAAAGCAAAGGUAAAGGCAAAGGAAAAGGAAAAGGCAAGCUGCGAGAGAAAGAGAGGAAAGUUGACAUAGAAGUACCCGAUUGGCCGAUACCGAAGAAGCUGAGGUGUCUGGACGUUUUCGCGGGCUGCGGAGGUCUGUCGGAGGGCCUGCACCAGAGCGGCGUCGCGGAGACGCUGUGGGCCAUCGAGAAGGAGGAGCCGGCGGCUCACGCGUUCCGCCUCAACAACCCGGGCUGCGAGGUCUUCACUGACGACUGCAACGUCCUGCUGAAGCUGGUCAUGGCGGGGGAGACGAGCAACGAGCGGGGCCAGAAGCUGCCGCAGAAGGGCCAGGUGGAGCUGCUGUGCGGCGGCCCGCCCUGCCAGGGGUUCAGCGGGAUGAACCGCUUCAACUCCCGCCAGUACUCCCUGUUCAAGAACUCGCUGAUCGUGUCGUACCUGUCGUACUGCGACUACUACCGGCCCAGGUUCUUCAUCCUGGAGAACGUGCGGAACUUUGUGUCGUUCAAGCGCAGCAUGGUGCUGAAGCUGACCCUGCGCUGCCUGGUGAAGAUGGGCUAUCAGUGCACGUUCGGCGUGCUGCAGGCGGGCAGCUACGGCGUGCCCCAGACACGGCGCCGGGCCAUAAUCCUCGCCGCAGCCCCUGGUGAGCAGCUGCCCAACUACCCUGAGCCCCUGCACGUGUUCAGUCCGCGAGCGUGCCAGCUGACCGUCAUGGUGGAUGACAAGAAGUACGUGACGAACUGCAAGUGGGUCUCGAACGCGCCGCUCCGGACCAUCACGGUGCGAGACGCCAUGUCCGACCUCCCCGAGAUACGCAACGGCCAUCGCAAGGAAGAGAUGCUCUACGGUGGAGACCCCCUGGCCCACUUCCAGAGGAAGCUGAGGGGCCCCCAGGAGCAGCCCGUGCUGCGCGACCACAUCUGCAAGGAGAUGGCCCCCCUGGUGGAGGCCCGCAUGGCCCACGUGCCCACGGCGUCCGGCUCCGACUGGCGCGACCUGCCCAACGCCGUGGUCCGCCUCUCCGACGGCUCGCUCACCAGCAAGCUGAUGUACACCUACCACGACAAGAAGAACGGCCGGUCACGCACGGGCGCCCUGCGCGGGGUGUGCGCGUGCGCGGCGGGCCGGGCCUGCAACCCGGCCGACAAGCAGAACAGCACGCUGAUCCCCUGGUGCCUGCCCCACACGGGCAACCGCCACAACCACUGGGCGGGGCUGUACGGCCGGCUCGAGUGGGACGGCUUCUUCAGCACCACGGUGACCAACCCGGAGCCCAUGGGCAAGCAGGGCCGCGUGCUGCACCCCGAGCAGACGCGCGUCGUCAGCGUGCGGGAGUGCGCGCGCUCCCAGGGCUUCCCCGACGCCUACCGCUUCUUCGGCUCCGUCCUCGACAAGCACCGCCAGAUUGGCAAUGCGGUCCCACCGCCCAUGGGUGCUGCGAUAGGAUACGAGAUUCUAAAAUGUGUCAGCGCUGUCGAAGAGGAAGAGAAAUGACAGUGCUGGUGGCAGUUACUUGGGAGUACACUACAACGAGAGUUUACUGUAACAGCACUGAUUGUCCAAAACUGUCGGCACCCACUCGCCCAAGACUUUUGUUGGGUUGUUAACGACUUCGCAGAAGAUCAACUUUGAUUGUACUAUUUUUAUAAGUGAAAAUGGUGAUGUUUGUAUAUUAUGUUGUAAUAAUGGAGGUGUUAUUUUUAAAUGUUUGUCAGUUGUGUAGUGUUUGUGAUUCAAUAAAAUUUUGUCAGUACACCAAAUCACACCAAAAUUCAAGUUAAUACACCACAAAGCACAGAAAUACAAUUUAAAACUUGAAAAUAAUCAGUGUUUCUAAUCAAAACUUACCUCUCAUAACAAAUAUUGAAUAUGUAAUCUUUUAAAUAUUAUAUUCAAUGAAAGUAAUUUAUAUAGCAUGACGUUUGUGCCACAUUUUAUGCAAAAAAAAUUUGGAAAAAGUUUUCUUAUCGUGCAAAUUUUAUUAGUUACUCAUUAUUACAUUACGCCAUUCUACUUUUUCAAAGCCAAAAAUACUUAACAGAUUUUAUUUGUUCCGAAAAGUUUGACUUUCUUAUUACAAAUCAUUAUAUUGUAGAAGUGCAUUAUGUAUCAGUAAAAAUCACACUAUUUUGGAGAAAUUAGUAUUGUAGAACGUUAAAGUGCCAUAUUUAUUUUAAUAAAAAGAUUUCGUAAAAGAUAAAAACCUGUAACACCCAAAUCUCUUGUUUUAAAAAUGUAACUGGGCUGGAAAAAAACAUAAAUUCUCGCUUAAUUUGAUAACUAGAAUGACAAUAUUCUCAGGGCUACUUGCAGUUAUCAGUAAAAUCCAAGGGAAACUUUUGCAGGCUAAUCAAAUGAAGGAACACUUUCAGAAAAAUUAUGUUGUUUUUUUUUAAUUUUUGUAACAGCAGUUUUUUUUAAUAGUUUUUCCACAAAAGUAGUGGUAAAAUUUAUAUGCUGCAUUUUUAUUAUAAAAUAAUUUAAAUAGAUUGGUCUCAAACAUAUUCAUAUUCAUUGGUUUAAAAUACUGUGUGUUUUGUGUAUUGAAUGUUAGAAUAUUAAUUUUGCUUCAAAUGUCUUCCAUAGUUGUAACAACCUCAGAGUAAUUACAGACUGUACUUUAUGUGCCAACGUCCAUCAAUUUCACUGCCCAAGUUAAAUUAUUUUGAAGGUGUAUAUAAAACUGAUGAUGUAGGUUUGAAAAAUAAUUGUUUUAGAUGAUGAGAAUAUGCCUGUAUCCUUCUAUCUUUUUUGAGUAUUCCUUUUUUUUCAAUCAGUGAAAAUAUGCUUUUGAAAUUUAAUAAUAAUUCCAAUAAUUAUAAUUUUAAAUGUAUAUUACUAUAUAUAUAUUUUUUUUUAUUUUAAUAUUUUUAUUGUAGAACCUGUACUUAGUUUGUGUGUGUAUAAAUUUUUUUUUAAUAUGCCUGAAUGUGUAUUUGUUU